AUGUUAAACAUUAUGGGAUUAACAAAGGCAAUCAAUCGAUUACCACAUCAGAUUCUAUCUAAAAAGACAGAUGCUACCAAGGAUGUAGAGUACAAUGCAAUGGAAAAAAAGUUCAAUGAUUUUGUAAAGGUGAUUGGUGUUCUUCAAGCAGAUGCUCAGUCAUUUCGAGAUGGAGUGUCAGCACUGUUGAUGUACCAGGCACAAAUGGCUGCAUAUUUGGCACUAAUCUACAGUGCGCAACUGGGAAUCGAAGUACCUGAAGGAACUAUCCAGAGAAGAUUCCAGCCACCGCCGGCUGGAGCCAGUCAAGCUGUGAAUGAUUUGGAAGCAGCCAUGUCUUACUGUAGAGACGAAAUUCUUCCUCAACUGGAUGAUAUUGAUCGGGAUGUGAUCCGACCCGCGUUGGAGUUACAAGUGGUGGUAAAGACAAUCCAAAAGUCUAUGGUUAAACGUAACCACAAGUUAUUGGAUUAUGACCGACAUCGCACAAGUCACGCUAGACUUCAGGCCAAGAACACCAAAUCAUUUAAUGAAGAAAAACAAUUAUUAAAGUUGGAAUCUCAGCUGGCUGCUGCAACGGCUGAUUACGAGUACCUCAACAACCUUCUAAAGACUCAGUUGCCUCAGUUCUUUUAUCUCAAAACCAAAUUCAUCGAGCCUGUGAUCGGAAGAUUUUAUGACUUGCAGUGCAAGAUCUAUGGGAUGAUUUAUGCCCGGCACCAUGAAGUGAUCACGGCCAAUUCGCAGCACUUUAUGACUAAUGCGAUGCCUAUUGUGGACGGUUUCAACUGGAGACAGGCUCAGCACGACAUGAGAGCAGAGUAUGAAAAUCUCGAUCUUUUAAAGGCAGGAGGAAAGGCAUGGUUAUCUGCUUCGGGAGGUUCUACCAAUUCAAAGCUGUCACUCCAGGAACGAGCAAAUCUGAAACAAAUGGAAAGAAUGAGUGUUGUUGGUGCUGCAAGUGUCUCUAGUGGACCUGGAACUAUGAUAUCUGGAGCGGACAAUGGUACUGUGACACUUGCCAAACCUCAUCUACUUGAUCCAGUCGGUCAAGUAGAUGACUAUUCAGCUGGUCUAUAUUCCUUGACUUUGGUCGAUAAUAAUAACAAUGAUAAUAGUAAGGAUAAUGAAGAUGAUUGUCCUCCAAUGCAACCACCGUCACCAGUGCUGGACUAUCAUCCAUCGAUCAUUACUGCCCCAAUUAUGACAAGUGUGCCGGGUGGAAUGGUGGAUACAAAAGAGGUUGGAUCGCAGCAUGUGAUUGCUCUGUAUGACUACGAGGCGCAGGCACAAGGAGAUCUUUCGUUCCAAAAAGACGAUCUGAUUCAAGUCAUUUCUCGCACGUCCAAUGCCAAUGACUGGUGGACAGGUCAUCUCAGGGGUGUCACUGGUAUUUUCCCAGGGAAUUACGUUAGAGACAACUGA